CUCAUCCAUCCACCAGAGAAUUAGGAAUAUUCAGCGUUAAUGGCGUUCUCCGCUUCUCCCUUGCUCCUCGCAAUCCUCCUCGGCGUCCUCUCGAUCUCUGCCUCCGCCAGACCCUGCAAGACUUUCCUCGUUUCGUCCUAUUCUUUCACCUUCCCAAACCCUAACGAACAGUCUACCUCCGCCGGAUUCGUCACCGUCUUCGCCGAAAUCCGCCAGUUCAACCCCCGACCAUCCGAUCUCAUCAUCUUCCCCUCUCGCCUCGAGGAACCCCAAAUCCAACGUCCCCCCAAGCUUUCUUACGAUUUCAACUCUCUCCGCGAUCGCACCAAGGACAUUCUCAGUGUCGUCGUCGCUCUGCUUUUCGGUGUUGGCUGCGGCGCCCUCACUGCCGCCACCAUGUACUUGGUCUGGAGCCUCUUCUCUGCUCGCUCCGAUUACAGCAAUUCCUUCGAUGAUGAGAGUGAUAGCGAUGACCAAUUCAGCCCUAAGAAGAUUGGAUACGUCAAGAUUCCUGCUGAUGCUGCCCCUGCUCCUGCCGAGAAAGAAGCAGCUUGAUAAGUUAUCUAAGUAAUUGAUCAAUUCUUGUCCAAUUUGGGAUAUACAUAUUUGUGUGAACUCUGUGGCUGUGUUCUGUUAAUUGUUUUCGUUUUAACUCAGUGAUAAAUUUGUGGAUUGUAUGUCUAAAGUUAUGUCUUUUAACUGAGUCAUAUUGUUAUCUGAAUCUUAUGCUUUGGAUUAUUAUGUUCCUAAGUUAGUUGUUCUCUU